GCUGUCGCAGGAGUCCCUCGCUCCGCCUUGGGAGAGCUGUCCCACGGGGCUUGGAGCGAGGGUUCCCAGUGGCACUGCCCUGUUUUGCUGCCAGGUGGCCAGGUGGGCUGAGGGCUCAGGGAGCGGUGCCCUCCCCUUCUCUCGGUGAGGUUCUGUCACCAAUCCAGCAUCCUGUUUCCCUUCGGUUUUGGCUGAGACCCAGGAGCUGCUUUGGGGCAACCAACAACAUACCAUGAAUAGCACUAGACAGCAGUCUCUGUUCUUUGUCAGUCUCCCUGAGCUGCAAAAAUUCUGUGCUGCUACGGUAACACUGAGUUCUCAGAUACCAGAAACUGAGGCAAGGACGACACAGAUAAAGACUUGCAGACAGUUGUUAUUCCUGUAUCAAGAGAUCCUUUCUGCACCUGUUUUGGGGACACUGAAUCAAAUUUCGGUUGUGAUGGCGAUACCAUUUUAUGAAUCAGGAAUAUGUCAAGCCUAUGUGGAGAGACACGGAGCUACUCUGGAAGCACCGCAAACAGUUACUUCAGCCCUUCUCCAAACCUGUCUUUCCUACACACUUACUGCCAGGCUUGCACCCAGAUGGAACAAGGCUGGUCAUCUUUUGGUGCAAGGGAAAGACUUUCUGUCUCAGUCAGGAAGGCAAAAUGCUGUUGUUGUAGACCUAAAUGUGUCAGAGAGACAGCUUUGCAUCAGUGUGGAGCCUUGCUCAAUUCGGCUGCCACCUCCUGAGCUGGGAGAUUUUGAUAUUUCAGCAAACACCGUAAAGCUGUUUGACAGCAAUGAAAGUACAGUUAUUCAGCAACAUUCCAUAUUAAGUAACUGGUGCUAUGUUUUGCCAAGCAUGAAAAUGGGUCAGAUCAUAAACAUCAGCCACAUAAUUCCUCCAGAAUCUCCUUUCCGUUCCUAUAAGGACUUUGAGAUGCACUGGAAGAGUCUGUAUGGAUAUGUUCUUCCUGAGGAUCUUGAAGAGACAAAAGUGUACUUGAGUGUUUACUUCAAACCAAUAGGGGAAAGGUUCUUCACGUACCCUUUAAGUUGCAUCCGAAGUCAGCCAGUGCAGUAUUUCCCCAGAACAGAUGCAGAAAGUGUAGUGAACUCUUUCCUUUCUGACAUGAAGAACAGUUUUUCACAGCUGUGUGGAUUUCCAGUAAAGAUGACAAGUAAAGCACUUUAUGCUACAAAGGAACUCUCCAGGGCUUCAGUGCAAGAAAUAAAACCUAAGCCUACGAAACUGGACGGUGAGAUGGUUUGUGUAGUGUCUCUAACCCAGGCUCGUCCAAGGAAACCGUUUUCUCCUGGAAUCCCUUCACCGUGCAGUACGGAAAACAGCCACUGGAUGGAGUGUUUGAUCAAAGAGCCAGGAACGUACAGGUUUUCGAGUAGCUGUAGGAGUACAGGAGGGGUUAGCGUUGAAGCAACAGAGAAAUCAAUGAGCAGUAAGCAAAUACCAGGCCUACCAGAGCUACCAAGUGUAAAAUCUUCAGGAACACGUGUAAACUCAGCCUUUGAAUCCACGCCCCCAAAAGUCAGCAAAAUUAUACCAAUUUUCAAAGGAAAGUUGAUGCAAAUGAAUGGAAAGAUCACAAAUCAAACAGAUAGGAAGAAAAGGGAAAAUGCUGAAAGGCGCUCACCAGUAGUAAGUGUGGGUGUUUCAUCUGCUAUGCUGUCUGUGAAUAAAUCCAGCAUAACUGAGGUUUUCAAACACAUUCAAAAUAUGCCAGUCAAAACUCCUACUGAUAACAGCAUGCUUCAGGUAAAGAACAAGAAGGCACACACAAAACAUGGUACACCCAUAUUCCGUUGGAAAACCCAGUCUAGUGGACAAAUUGUUAACACUGAUUUUUCUGAAAACUCAGCUUCAGGUGGGAAUCCAAAUGACGUUAAUCACAAAAAAGCCAAUUCUCCGUUCUUUCUUAAGAAUGUUGGGCCAGUGCUUCAGAAAUCAAACACCAGUCCACGUCUGAAUACACAUGAAUCUCCUGCUUCCAGUGCAAGAAGGGGGAAAAAGUUUGCAAGUCAAAGUACUACUCAAUCUCCUGAGAAAGAGCACCAGCCAAAAGAAGUGCAUUUGCAGAUUUGUGAAUUAGACAAUGAAAUUACAAAUUCCAGUUUGUCACUGCAACAAACAAAGAGAUCAAAUAAAGGAGCUGGGUUAAAUAUUCAUGAAUCUGUCUUCAGAGAUACAGUGUGCGUGGCCAAGAGGGAAGAAAACAAAGCAGCCUGCCACUCUAAGGACUGUACUGCUGAGACAACCAAUCAUCAUUCCAAACCUAACUUUGAACAGAUGAUUACAGGGAACAAGUAUCUGGCAUGUGAAACAUUGACCUCCAAACCAACUUUGCCAGUCAAGGAGAGCAACAUGGAAGCAUCUGUACAGAAAGGUUGUGCCAGAAGAAGACAGAAAGAAGAAGGUUAUUCAAAGUUAAAGAGAGCCAAAAGAAGUAAAACUUCUACUUAAGGUGUUCUGGAGUAUUGCAAGAAAAAUCUGGAGCAUUUUGCUUGAGUGGAUGUAGCGUGCCAGUGCCUGACCCUGUCUUACCCAAAGCUGUCUUACUCCAUGAGAAAGAUACUGGAAGAAGAGGUGGCUGGAAGCCAGCAUCAGGCAGACUUAAUUGAGAAACAAGUGAG